GGAACGAGUGGGCAGGCAUGGCGGAGGCACCGAACCCGGGGUCCGACGCGCCGGCGCCCGACCCGGCGAUGAUGGAGCAGCUCAUGAAGGCCAUGGGCGGCGGCGGCGGCAGCGGCGGCGGCGAGGGCGGCGGAGGCGGCAUGGACAUGGCGGCCCUGCAGGCGAUGCUCGGUGGGCUCGGCGGUGGCGGCGGCGGGCUCGGCGGCGGCCCCGAGGCUGAGAUGCGGCGGCAGGCGCAGGCCAACCAGGCGGCGCAGGCGGAAAAGAACUCUGGCGAGGCUGACGGCGGCGCCGACGGCAAGGCAUACAAGUGGGAGCAAACCAGCAAGUACGGCGAGAGCGAGAUCAUUGUCCGCUUCCCGCUCAAGACGCCGGUCACGAAGAAGGACGUCAAGGUCACCUUCAAGGCUAAGGCGCUCCUGGUGGUGGUCGCAGGCGAGGAGCUGCUCAGCGGCGCGACGUUCGGCACGGUCUCCGUGGACGACAGCACCUGGUGCCUCGUCGAGAAGGGGUCCGAGCUUCAGCUCCUCCUGGGCCUAGCGCUUGACGAAAAGUGGACCUCGUUGCUCGCCGCGUGAUCGGCGUCAUCGCGUCCUGAUCGUCGCCGCGCGCCCGCACUGCGCGCGUCCUCUCUCUAACGGCGGCCCCCUCCCCCGGGCGCUCCAGCUACCCCCACAGCCGGCGCGUGGGGCACUAGCUGGGCAGAGGCGUCUCUGAGACGGUCGAGGAGAUGGCCCGCCGGCGGCGCGCGGCUGUCCACCCAGACUCUCGGGCGGUCCGAGCGUGCCCCCGGGGGGCAGGCGGGCAGCAUCCGGCCUGUGCCGUCUUUAAUCGGCCCCUCCCUCCCCCAUUCAUUUCUUCACAACGAGCAACAUUAGAUCGGGUACAUAUGUACAUCUGCCGCAAACUUGCAUUCGCGUUGUCUAUCUCAGCUUUUUGGCUCGCCGUCGCGUGUCGCGAGAGAGCUCGCCUCGGCCUCGGAGCUCGGUCGCCGGCCGCUUGCGAAGGGCCUUGCAUAUGCUGUAUGCAAAAACGUACGAGCCCUCUCUCGCCAUGACCCAUGUCGCAGUGUCGCUGACGGGUGUCGCAAUCCAUGGUGUGUGACACAUUGAGGGUGUACAACACAUGCACAUGCACAGUGCAUGCACACAUGCACACAUACACAUGCACACGCACACGAGAGCUUCCUGAGCUCUCCCCUGUAUGUAGCAUCGUUAGUCGUACCACCAUGCCUCCGCUCGUGUAUCGUGCGGGCUGGCCGGCGCAGGGGGCAGCCUGUGGUGGCCGCACGAUCGACCCUGCGGCACCGCCUCCAACCCGUUUUUCGUCGUCAGGUCUGCGGGAUCGUCGCCGGUGAGGCCGAGCCACCGCGUGCUCGAGCCGCGCUGCGAGCGCCUCGCCAGCGCUGCGCAGAGCUCGUCGGCGCGCGUGGCGACCGCGGCCGCGGCCGCGUGACGCUCGUCACGCACCGCGGUCGUCAGCUCGGUGCGGAUGGCCUCGGCCUGUGCCAGAAAAGAUGCCUCCAGCCGCUCCAGCCGCUCCUGGUGCGAGCUCGCCUGCGCAGGACGCGGCGCGGCGGCUUAGGCGGCGGGGCACUCGAGGUGACCCAUGACCCCUCGGACGCGUCAAGGAAUCUCCCUCCCUCCCCGUCUCUUCGGCGCGCCAGCAGCUCGAGCCGGGAGCGCAGCCCGGCGGCAGCGCGUGACUCCACCGCCGUCAACGCCUCCACCGCCGCCUCCAGCUGCUGCUGCGCAGCGCCACUCUCCUCCGCCGCUCGCAAGAGCUUCUCGGUCGCUGCCGCCACCCCGAGCGACACUGUGGCCAGCGCGUCUUGCUCGGCGCCGCCGCAGGCCGCCGCGGCUGCGACCGGCGUCUCGGGCGCGAGCCAGGUCGCCGAGGUCCCUCGCCCUCUGCCGCCAACCGGUCGAUCGCCGGGAUGUUGGGCGGGUCGGCGGUGCGCGCGCGGCUCGGGAAGAGGCCAGCCCAGCGAUCCACGCUCAGUAGGUAUUCCGGCAGGCGGCGGCAUGAGCGGUGCUGCGGCCGGUGGCGUGUUGCUGUCGGACGGUAACGAUGCGAGCGCCUCCGCCGCGAAUCGGCCUCUGGACGCCAUGAGGUGUCUGCCGGCGCGAUAGAGUUUUCCAACCGCCAGCGAUUG